GUAGGGAAGAAGGAACGUUCGGAUAUAUAUAUGUAUAUAUCCGAACACUAAUAUAUAUAUCUGACAAAGAGAAGCAAAGCAUAUGAUGGGUGUUUUGUGUGCGUACCUUGACGUUCGGUUUAUUCUGUGGAUAACGACUCAAAUUCUUCUUCCUGAGGUUACCACGUUUGUCUCCAUCCGAUGAUGUUCGCCUCGCUUCCUUCAACACUGGGGUGACCAACCUUGUCCCUACUCUGAAUCCGCCCGGGGCUCCGGAGCAUCGUUGCCGAGUUAACGAAAAAGGUGUUCAUGAGCCAGCCACGCCUGAUGUCUCAGAACCUGACUUCGGAACAGCACAAGGUAAAAGGAGCGCUGGAUGACUCAUUGAAGGCUGAACCCAGCGAGCUCUGGGUGGAAACCUUUGUCCGGAAGCUGCGUGGCCUGCGCGUCCCGGUUGCCCCGGCGACGCUGCUGCGGCUGGGUCUCCCGGGAGUUCCCGUGGCUGCAGCGGACGGACUGACGGACGGCACGGCGCGGGCUGCGGUUGCUCACGGAUAGACACUGUGCCACCCUCGCCACACCGAGUCUGUGCCGUGCGACGCUGUGCGUCGAUCACGACGCUAACUGAAGUCGCUCUCACCGAAAUGGAGAAGUAUGAAAAACUGGCUAAGAUUGGAGAAGGGUCUUACGGGGUUGUCUUCAAGUGCAGAAACAAGUCGUCUGGACAAGUGGUGGCUAUCAAAAAAUUCGUGGAAUCCGAAGACGAUCCUGUUGUCAAGAAAAUAGCACUGAGAGAAAUACGGAUGCUGAAGCAGUUGAAACACCCAAACCUUGUGAACCUCAUCGAGGUGUUCAGAAGAAAGAGAAAGAUGCACCUGGUUUUUGAGUACUGUGACCACACGCUGUUACACGAGCUGGAGAGAAACCCGAACGGCGUUCCUGAUGGAGUCAUCAAAAGCGUGCUGUGGCAAACCCUUGAAGCCCUUAACUUCUGCCACAAACAUAACUGUAUUCAUCGGGACGUAAAACCCGAAAACAUCCUAAUAACCAAGCAAGGAAUGAUCAAGAUUUGUGACUUUGGAUUCGCACGAAUUCUGAUUCCAGGAGACGCCUACACGGACUAUGUUGCCACCAGGUGGUACCGAGCCCCUGAACUUCUCGUGGGAGACACGAAGUACGGUUCCUCCGUGGACAUGUGGGCCGUCGGCUGUGUUUUUGCGGAGCUCCUGACGGGUCAGCCGCUCUGGCCAGGAAAAUCAGACGUGGACCAACUUUAUUUGAUCAUCAGGACACUGGGAAAACUCAUCCCAAGACAUCAGUCUAUCUUUAAAAGUAACCAGUUUUUCCGUGGCAUCAGCAUCCCUGAACCAGAAGACAUGGAAACUCUUGAAGAAAAAUUCUCGAAUGUUCAGCCUGUGGCUUUAAAUUUCAUGAAGGGCUGUCUGAAGAUGAACCCGGACGACAGGCUGACCUGCGCCCAGCUGCUGGACAGCGCCUACUUCGACUCUUUCCGAGAGGAGCAAAUGAAAAGGAAAGCCCGCAGGAGGCGUCCGCAGAAUCAACUGUUGCCUCUUAUACCUGGAAGCUACAUCUCCCCCACACCUGAUGGAAGAAAACAAGUCCUCCAGUUAAAAUUUGACCAUCUCCCUAACAUUUAGGGAAGCUGUUCCUCCCGGUGCGCUCACUUAAUAUGUAGAUAUUUUUGUACGAGAUAGGAAUCCUCAGUGUUCCCAACGCGAACGAGCAGUGUGAAAAUGAAGGUGCCUCCGAGAAGCGAUUCGCUCUGAGGAUUCUGAUUCCUUUCCCUGUGGCUUCUCCACGCCAACUCCGUCUCCUAGAACAGUCUCUUUAAAUACCGUAAUGCCAAAAUGGCACACACACACACACACACACACACACACACACACACACGGAGGAGAUGCUUUCAAUUCCAUCAGAGUUGUACUUCUUAGACACUGCGACUCUGUGGGCUUCCACUUCGAUUUAGGGGACGAUUUCCAUGCGUCAUCUCUCUUCAGCUGACUGUAUAACAUCCUGAGCAGAAGCAGAUCUGCUGGCUGCUGUCGACAGAGGGCACGACAUUGAGCUUCCACACUGGAAGUUCUUCUCAGUGGAGCCCAGUCUUCUUUAUUCUGCAUUUACAUUGCUGUAGCAUGGUGAGUGUGAAAGGUGAUCUAGGUUUACCUAUUGACCCCAGGGAACACUCUGCUGUCUCUUUCUCGUGAGGCAUUGAUGAUUCUGCUUUUACAGCGAGUUAGAAAAUUCCAUACACGACCUAUAGCAGGCAGACUACAAGGAAUCACCCACCACAUGACAGUAAUGUCCCUGAAUCACUGGCUGCCCACUCUAAGGCUGUCCCUGGGGCACCAUGCUUUCUUUUUCUUUUUCUUCUUUUUUAAUCUACUGGGGGGGGGGAGGGGGGGAGGACCUUAUGUGAAAGUCAAAGGCCUCACUGGAGGCCAGCCUGGUCUAUAUAGCAAGACCAUGUCUUAACACCCACUCUCUGAAAGUUGACUGAGCCCAAUCCCUGCUGCUGGACAUAUAAAAUAUGUAUAAUUCAUACGUAUGUAGAAUGUCAUUGUUGUCAUUUGUUGAAAUAUCUAAAGAUCUUGCUAGUAGGGGCUGGAGAGAUGGCUCAGAGGUUAAGAGCACCGGCCGUUCUUCCAGAGGUCCCAAGUUCAAUUCCCAGCAACCACAUGGUGGCUCACAACCAUCUAUAAUGGGACCUGAUGCUCUCUUCUGGCAUGUAGGCAUGUGUGCAGAUAGAGCACUCAUACCAAAAAAAUAAAAUUAAAUUAAAUUAAAAAAAAAGAAAAGAAAAGAAAUUCAAAGUCACUGUCCUUGGCUCCUUGUAGAGUUCAAGACCAUGCUGGGCUAGCAUUUUUCCCCCAUUUUUAUUGAUUUAUUUAUUUUUCUAUUAUCAGCUUGAUACAGUAUAAAUUCUUAUCCUAAUAGUGAAAUGUUUGAUUGAGGCUUAGCUGGGCUAGCAUUUUCCAGGCAUGGUGGUAUAGGCUUGUAUCAAGGGGGAGAAAGGGAGAUUCCAAGUUCAAGGCCAGCCAAGGCUGCACAGUGAGGUUGUCUCCAACAAAACAAAAGCAAACUAAUUAGAAUUGUUAAUGGCAGUCUCUGACCGUGUCUCUAAAUCAUUACUCUGAAGAAUGCUUAGUGUUUGCUGAUUGUUUUAGAAUGUGUUUGUAUAGAAGCCUGGCUAUUUCAGAUCACUUGAAACUGUAACUAUUGUUAAUUAGCAUUUAAUAAUUAGCGUAACAGUAGAGUUUACUACAAAGCAGUUUUGACUGAAUUAUGUUAAAUGCAUAAUAUCGUGGCAUUUAAAAUGUUCAACUGAAGAUAUUUAGAAAAGCUGUAUAAGGAUUAAGCACUUCAGUGACUGUAUAUUUGUGUAUUUAACUUAACUUGACUGUUCUUUAAUUUAUUUUAAUAAAAGCCAGAAACAG